GAACAUAAAAGAGCAAUUCCUUCAAAUGAUACUUAGGAGCAGCUUUGAAAAUUCUUGCAAUCAGUGGCAUGGAAGCUUCUACUCAGCUCAACGAUGUCAACAAAAUAUCCAACUCUAUUGGUAUUGUAGGCAACUAUAAUGAAAAGGGUUUAGGGAAACUUUACCGCGACAAGAUGUCACCUGACGCUGAUCCAGUUGUGCACAUGUCAGUUUCCAAAGCAGAGAAGCGACUCAAAAAGCUCGAGAGGGAUUAUCAACACACCUACGAGAACUACAUAGAAACCCGAUCAAACAGGUAUAGGUUCUACAUUGAAGCAAAACAUUCUACGUAUCGCAGUCAACAGGUUGGAAACUGUAUCAAAUAUUACAAGAAUCUGCGAGAGCAACUGCAGAAUAAUCUUGACAAAUUGAAUAAAGUAGAAGCAACACAGAGAGGAAGAGAAAGGCCUGAUCACUGGAAGCAAGUCUCGAUGAUCCGCGGUUGUAAAAGCUUGGCCCAAGAAAAGAGGAUACUACAACAGAUAGGAGAAAGACAACAACACCUGGAAAACAAUGACCUUGGUCAAGAAACAAUUCAUUUCACAAAAAUAAGCUGGGAGUUCGACUACAGUCAAAGUAAAAUUCCAAAAAGUAGCAACAGCAAAGCAGUACAUAAUCUGCUGAGGAAAUUUAAAGACACAGAGAAGUUGAAGGAUAAAGCUAUUGCCAAUGGUGAUCUUGUUAACAACCCAACAAGUCAGGACAUUUUGACAAUUUCUAUAGAGAUGGAACUAAAACUCCUGACAAAGGUAAUCAAAACGCUUGAAAAAGAAAGAGGAAUAGAGACAACAAGGACUGAUAAUGGUCACGAGGAAAAGAUGAGGCAUCUAGAGAAAAAAUGUGAAUGGAUAUGCGGGAAAUGGGAUGAAGAAAAGAAGUAUAUUGUAGGGUUGAAGAACAUACAUGUAUCCUGA